AUGGCCGCCGCAGCAGGCGUCGCCCUGGCGCUCUGCGGGGGCGGCCAUGUCGAGCUGCUGGUUGCCGCCCUGGCUUUCCUCCGGACGGCCUGGUCCUGCUCGAAGGGAACGGGCGCCCCGUCUACGAAGGCCACUUGGAAGAAAGGCGCGGAAGUGCCACCGCCGCAGCGCAGCCCGCCGCUUCCAAGGAUUCGGGCGCCAGCCGCCGCCGAGGGCUCGGCCGUGAGCCUCAGGGGCCUGCCGCACCAGAAGCCCAAGGAGGGAGACUCGAUGCGGGCGCCGGGCGCUGCUGUUGCCGCCGUGCAGGAUGGCGACCCCAAGCCUUUCCGGGGGCACCCGGCCAGCCACAAGUACGUCGCACUGAUCAUGGAGCACGCGCGCGCGAAGCAGUGCGCUCAGGCCCUGGGGCUGCUGACGGAGAUGCGGCAGCUGUCCAUUGCGCCGAACGUGGCCUGCUACACUGCGCUGAUCAGCGCCUGCGACAAGGGAAAGCAGCCCGAGAGGGCCCUCGAACUCUUCGACAUGAUGCAGAAUCAGGGCUGCGUGCCCACCGUGGUGACGUACAACGCGCUCAUCAGCGCUUGCGGCAACGGGCAGAUGCCAGAGAAGGCCCUGGAGCUAUGCGUGGAGAUGCAGGCGAGAGGCCUGACCCCCAACAUCGUCACCUACACUUCGUUGAUCCGCGCGUGCGGGCAGAGCUGCUACCCGCAGCGCGCCUGGCAGGUCUACGACGCCAUGAAACAGGCCGGCGAGAAGGCCAAUGCCAUCACCUUCACCAGCUUGAUGCAGGCGGCCGAAAUGUGCCAGGAUCCCGAGAGGGCCCUCCAGAUCUUCGCCGAGAUGGAGGAGGCCGGCGUCGCGCCCUCUGCGAGCACACAGAGCUCCCUGGCGAGCUGCUGGAGGGGCCUGCCCCCGUGCCGCGCGCAGCAGGCGAUCCGCCAGAUGGAGGGGGAGGGCGCGCCGCCCAGCGAGCUCGCGCGCUCGACGAUCGCGGGCGUGUGCAGCCGGGGUGUGCCCGGGCCCGCCAAGGACGGGGUGCCAGCCACCACGGCGGCCUGCAACGCCUGGAUCGCCGCCUGCGGCAGGGGCAAGACGCCCGAGGACGCGCUCAAGGUGCUGGAGGGGAUGAGGCGGAACGGCCCGAGUCCAGACGUCGUCACCUACGCGGCCGUCAUGCGGGCGUGCGAGAGGAGCAGGAUGGCGGAGCGGGCGCUGCGGUUGUUCCAGGAGAUGCUGGACGAGGGCCUGUCCCCGUGCGUCGUGGCCUACAACUGCGCCAUGCGCUGCUGCGAGCAGAUGCGCGACGCUGAGAGGGCCAUAAAGGUCUUCGAGAAGAUGAAGGAGCAGCAGGUGCCCCCCGACGUGAACACCUACGGGACCCUGAUCAGCGUCUGCGGCAAGUGCAAGUGGUGCAACGUUGCCAUGGACUUGUUCAAGGAGAUGCAGGACAGUGGGCUUACGGCAACCUGCUACACCUACAAUGCCGCCAUCGCCGCGUGCGGCCAUGCGAAGCGCAUGGGGAUGGCCCUGGACCUCUUCCGCAGGAUGAAGGACGCGAACGUCACGCCCGACGAGUUCACCUACAACGCCCUCCUCAGUGCCUGCGAGAAGCGCAUGUGGCCCGACCGCGCCGAGGAGAUCUUCCGGGAGAUGGAGGCCAAGGGGCCCGCGCCAGACGUCAUCGCCUACACCGCUCUGAUCAGCUGCUACGCCAAGACCAAGAGGCCGGAGAUGGCCUCGCAGCUGCUGGAGGAGAUGCAGUCGAAGGGCGUGGCUCCGAACGCAAUCACCUACAGCACGAUGGCGUGGGCGUACGAGAAGGCUGGCGACGAGGCGAAGGCCCAGGAGUUCAGGAGGAGGGAGGCCGAGUGCGAUCGCUUCCGUGGCGCCAAGGAGGAUGCGUACAUCAAGUCUCGUAGGACGUGA